AUGGUUCAUCUAAAAAAAAUAUUAUCAGAACAACUAGGAAUUGGAAUUGGAACUAUUUAUCAAACGAUCUUGGAGUACAAACGGUCUAAAACAAUUUCAUCACCGAAUAGAACCAAAAAGUUUAAAAAUGUGAAGGAUAAGGUAGAUGAUUUUGAUAAAUAUGCAAUAAGACGGAAGAUACAUAAAUUUUGGUCUGAUCGCGAGUUCCCAACAUUAGACAAAAUUCUUCAAGUAAUCAACGAAGAUAAGGACUUACCCAAUUUCUCUCGUACCUCACUGUAUAGAUUAUUAAAAUCUAUGGACUUUGAGUACGUGAAGCAAGGUCGUAAUAGCGCUUUAAUAGAGAAGACUGAAAUUGUUGAUUGGUGGAGGCGAUAUUUAAGGGCGAUACGGCGAUACCGAGAAGAGGGUCGACCAAUAUAUUAUCUGGACGAAACUUGGGUCAAUGCUGGUGACGUUCCACACAAGGUUUGGUGCGAUAAAUCGAUAAAAUCAGCAAGUGAUGCAACUUCAAAGGGCCUUACAACCGGUGCAGUAAAACCAAGUGGAAAAGGGAAGCGUCUUAUUGUUUGCCAUAUAGGAUCUGAAGAUGGAUUCGUCCCUGACAGUUUGUUAUGCUUUGAGUCUAAAAAAAACACUCAAGACUAUCACGAUGAAAUGAAUGGUGAAUGUUUCCGUGAAUGGUUGGAAAGUGUUUUGCCUAGACUCAAAGAUAACGCUGUUAUUGUUAUGGAUAACGCCCCUUAUCACUAA